CGGACACAUCAUCUAAUGAACGCGGAAAUGACACACUUGGCCUCCCUCCAUCACACACAUACACACACACAUAUCACACGCACUCAUCCCCUUCGCGGCAGGGCAUCUUCAGACUCCCCCUCCGUCUCACUCUCCGUGUCUCCCUCUGUUUCUGUCUCUGUCUCUGUCUCUGUUUCAAUCUCGGUCUCUGUCCCUGUUUCACUCUCUGUCUCUGUCCCUGUUUCACUCUCUGUCUCGCUCUCGGUCUCACUCUCUGUCGCACUCUCCUCCUCCGAAGCCUUUGCGGUCACAAUGGGUAUGGGGGGAGCCUCAUCCGUGUCGAUCUCGAUCGUCUCGGUGUCCCCUGUGGCUGUGGCCGCCCCUCCUUCCUUUGUUUCGGCCGUCUCUGUCUUCUCAACUCUCACUUGGGGGGUCUUGCUGUCUUUUCUUGCCAAAUCAUACACCUCACGUGUCUCGUUCUCGGCGCCUACUGGCACUGCCGCUGGCAGGGGUGGGUGGUUGAUAAAGGCCUCCUCGUCUGCUGUCAGCCGCUCCUGCUGUGGUGACUCUCUUAUUGCUGCUGCUGCUGCUGCUGCUGGUGGCGGUUCCCGUGGCUCUACAAGCUCGUCGGCGCCAUCUGGGAGAUGGUCGUACGCUGAGGCGUUGGCUAAGCCGAGUGAGAAGGGGGAGUGGGGGUGGGUGAGCCAAACGGGGUGACACAGCAGGAAGCUGACAGAUUCUUCAUGGUCAUUGUGAGUCAGGUAGGCCGACUGGGGGCGCUGAAUCACCAAGAGAUACAGAGAUACAGAGAGAGAGGGGGGGGAGGGGGGGAAGGGGGGAGAGGAAAUAUGGGUGUGCGGCGGACGAAGCACGUACGUACGUCUUGGAGCAGGUGAACGCCAUUCCUGAAGUUGGGUUGGAUGAAGGCCUCGUGACAGUAGCACACGCCGCUAGACAAACUGCACAAAAGCCAUACACAUACUACCAUGCACCCAUCCGCUCAAAAGAUGGAUGUGAGCAACCCACCAUUUGUCGGUGAGGCAGUCUCUGUCCUUUUGGCAUCCCAUGCCGCCGAUGCGCUUCACCACUUGAAUGCCGUCAUACAGCUGCACGCAGCCAUCCAGGUAGGUACAAGCAGAUUAUCUGUCUGUGUAUCCUUCCUGACUUUGCGUGUCUCCUGCUGUGUUUACCUUCAAGAAUUCGAUCAGCUUAGCGUGGACACGGCCGGCAUUCCGCAUGAUGCUCCUCUCACCCAGACGCUGAGAGAGACAGAGGGAGACGUGUGGACAUUGACGGCCUGACUGCACUGCAGCUCAUACUUUGGCUUUCUCUUCGUUGCCGUCGAUGGCCUCCUCGCUGAGCCGGCGAGCCACCAUGUGCAGAGGCGUGAAGCCGUGCUGUGGAUGUGGGAGACACAAACACCCACCGACACAUGAAUGAAUGGAUAGUCUCUAGAUAGAUUCAGCACAGCACGUCACAGCACACACUUUGUUGAGUAUGUCCAUCUUGGGGUGGUAUUUGUCGGCGAGGUGGUAGAUGGCGUCGUAGUCUAAGAAGACCGACAUCAUCAGGGGACUGUGCCCCCGCUGGCCGGCAGACACGCACAAAGAAACAAACCCCCACCGAUGAAGCGAUACGUGUGAUGUAUGCCCUUUGCCCCACCUCGUCUGUGGCCGACAGCACUUGUCUCCUUUGGAAGUCGCUAUCGGCGGCCGCCAGCAGCACCUCCAAGGCAUUCGCACUCACCACAGGCGUCUGUGUGGUGGACCAACAAGGACACCACAGGACAGGAGAGACACGCCAUUCCCUCCUCUCUCGCGCAUCAACAGACAGACCAGCACAAACACACCACACUGUGCCCCCUUGCGCACCAGGCCGUGUGUCUGGUCAGAUCUGAGGGGAUGGCCGACCGAGUUGGCAUCAGGGCAUAGAAAUAGGCCGUGGCGCCCGUCUGUGGCGGGGCAAUCAACACGCAGACACACACGGCGAGUGCACAGUGUGUCUGUGUAUCCGUGUGUGUGACCACUUGCCGACCGUGUCUCGUUUAUUGGCGAGGUCGAGUCCAAGUGUGGUGCAGUCGAGCCGCAAGAGCGUCUUGAGUGCCGUGAGCUUCUUGGCAAAGGCAGCCAUCAUCACCACGGUCAUGCCAACCUGUAUAUAUAUUUGUGUGAGUACACACAUGAUCGCCAGCUGUCUGGCCGUGCGUGUUUCUGUCUCUGCUGUAUGUAUGGCGCUCUGACCCUCUCCCAGACGCAUGCAGCUGCGUCAGGGCUGCCCCUGAUGAUGCCCUCAAUGGCCACACCGUCGUCAGCCGCUAUCGCCUCCAGCAAAUCGUAACCUGCACAAAUCGCAUGGAAACAAAAGGCACAUUCUCUCUCUGAUGGUGUCCGCAGAGGAGAGAGAGAGAUAGAGAGAGAGUAAUCUGUGGGUACAGUACACUUCUUCUGGUUUGGCAUGUUGCAGAGUAUCGGUGAGAUGACCCCCUCGCCCAUGAUGCCGUGCGGCCCCGCAUGGUGCACCAUGCUCCAGUCAGACCACUCCAGGUCACACAAACACUCACCCGCAGAACUGACCGACCGACAGAGACAUCGACCGACACACCACACACAAGACAUCGAUGUUCACCUCUCUGUCUCCUUCCUUCGCCCAUCUCAUCUCAGCGCACCAGACGGUGAGGCACUGGGAGUGGUUGAAUGGGUGGCACUGCAUGCCGCCGAUCUUCUUGGCAUGGGGGUCGACGCGCAGCCUGUAAUCCUCCAAUGUCUCCUGCAAAUAACACCUACGCACACACACAAAAGGGAAGGAGCCAAAGAGACCAAGAGUGAGUAAGAAGGAUUAAUCCCCGCAGCGGCCCACGAUGUGGAUUGGCUGACCGACCGGUUAAGGUAGAAUUCGACUGCGUCUCGUCUCUCCAUGUCGAGGGCGAGUGCGAGGUUCCGUCUGAUUUGUCUCCUGAGGUUGUAGGGGCUGACCAGCUCCUUGAGCAUCUGCAGCGACGACCUGUAGCACUCGAAAUCGGACAGCUGACCCUCGCCGAUCUUCGCUGCACACACACACACACACACACACACAUGCGCAGAUAGAAAUGCAUUAGCCUUGUGGACAUAGAUCAUCGAUACCGUAGUCGAAAGGCGAAGUGUCUCCCGUCGCUGCAGUGGCAUUAUUCACGUGCUGAAGGAAUGCGAAGGGCAACCACUCCGCGCCUUUCUCGAGCAGCCCCGCCACACCCAGCCGGGCGGUCUGCUGCAGAUCGUGCCGUAUCUUGCUGCUGAAGGUGGCAUGCACUUGCUGCUUCCUGGCGUCGUCGGCGCGACCUUCCUCCGUGUCCGGGUCGGAUCUGUAUGGCUCGUCGGGCGGCACUUGCAGUUUGGGUCCCAUCUCGUAUUCGUAUGUGCGGUGCUGGAGCAUCUUCCGUUGCAGCCCGUACAGCAGGGCAUACAAGUAGGGCGAGCUACCCUGACAGACAGUGAUGUAUGCAUGUGCAGACAGACAGACAGGCGUGUGUGCAUGUGCAUGUGUGUGUCUCUCUCUCGUCUGUCGGUGGGUCAGCUUACGCUGCCGGCGAAGGGCGGGGAGUUCUCACAUGGCCAGGCGCCUGUAGAAAGAUGGAGAUGACGUGUGUGGGUGUGGUGUUUGUCGGUGACCCACUCGUGCACACGCUAAGCUCACCCGGCACAGCCACACAGUAUUUUCUGAAAGCAUCCGACAGCUCAGCCGCGCCCAACUGAAUAGAUAGACACAUCGCACACACACACACACACCAAUCUCUAUCACGUCUCGGUCAGUCCCGUGCCUGGCUCACUGGGUGCGUUGCCGGCCAUGAUAGGGGCGACUCGUUCAUCACGGGCUGCAGCACACACACAAUACCCAUUCAUUGCCCACCAUGCGCACCGCACACACAGUCGUUCAUCGACAGACAGAUCAAGCUCACCUCUGGCGUCCAGUAGUGGUCAGUGGCGGCGAGUUUGUGAGGGAGCGGCUUGAGCAGGUCAUAGCGCUGCACGUCGGUGCGGGCGUAGCUGAGGAUGGCGUCCAGCUGCCUCAGAUCGCCCAUCUGCACCACCACCUGAAGCACAUUCCGACCGUCCUGCACCGCACCAUACAUACAGCCACACACACACAAGACACACACACGCGGAGAAAUUAGGCCAUUGCAGUUGUGUCUGUGUGUAUACUCUCGACUCACUCACCGAGUCAACGGCAUGUCUGAGUGUGCUGAGUCUGCUGGCGUCGUCCUCCAGUCCUUCGAGGAGUGAUGGGACCAUCGAGGGGUCGCGCCGGAUGGCACCCAGGUAGGCGGCCAUGUGCAGGGGCGUGUCGCCCUGAAACAACGGAAACACGCUCCCGGGGUGCUCACUGGCACCGAGUACGGUCACAGUGAGACAGACAGACAGGUCAGCACAGCAGAUGGAUGAGUCAGUGUGGCUGGCUGGCUGCUUAUGUGUGGCUGACCGCAUGACUUGUGGAGGGAUGUACUCGAUCUGGAACACCUGGAUGCCACCGAACAAACAAACGAUGCCGAAGUGUGCCCUUGGAGCUGGGCACAUGCUCGCACCUUGGAGUGGGCCCUGGCCAUUGUGUGGUGCGGCCACUUGUGCACCAGGUAGAAUUGAACGCUCCGGCCGGCGCCACUCAGAAUGGCCCAGUGCAGCGGCGUCGCGCCGUGCUGACAGCAGCAGCGAGACACGUGCAAACAUGGGACCGCGGUGCGGUGUGUGUUCUUUGUCUCUUACGUACCGCCACAUCGGCACAGUCGGUGAUCUCAGCGAAAUUUUCAGCGUCUGCGAGGAUGGCCUUGACGGCAGCCAGGUUCUUCUUCAUUAUGGCCUCGUAUAGCUGGAUGCCUUCGUCGCACACAGAUGCCGAGACACAGAGAGGGAGAGACAGACAGAGAGAGAGAGAGAGAGAGACGAUGAACAACACACACAGGGACCGAUGCCUGCUUACAGGGGUGGCACAGGACAGACGUGUGCCGUCUGGUGGUGGGAGUGUCACAGACGAAGCACUGGCAGUGGCCCCUCUCAUAGCGAUCAAAGGCACUGUGGAUGCUGACCAAAACGCGCACACACGUGGGCUGGCGACGCGCCACAGGACUGCACUGCCUACCAGUCUCCUGAAGCACAUGCGUUCUUUGCGUCCUGCGAGCCUGGUUUGCAGGGCAUACCCAUGGGCAAAGGAAACACUGGGAAGACAGGCACCACACACACCACACGAAGAGCAUCCCUGCCCUGCUGUUCUGUCCCUUAAGGCAAUAAAUGAAGUACCUACCUCUUAUCCCAUGGCUCUUGUCAUCUUCCGUCUCCAUCUCAGCUGCGUCUCCCUCUCCCUCUCGGCCGCCUCCUUCAGCUGCCCCGCCUGUCUGCACGAAGGCCCCCGGUCGCCUCAAUGCCGCAUCGCCGUAGCGGGCUUUAUACCCGGAGCCCCCGCCCUCCACCCCUCUGCCGGAACCAGUCAGCACAUCCCUCAGGUGCCUCGCCAUGUCAGCGACAUUAUAGCUGUGGGUGAGCGGGCGGGCGAAUAGUACGGUGUCUGGCGUCUGGCCGGUAUUGUCUGCCAGGCCCGAGACACGGGCAUGCUGGAGUGCCUCGGCGAGCGGGGGGCUGUAAGGUGGGGGUGGAGGGGUCCGGUGUGUGUGGCACUUGGCCUCGAAGGCGUGGAAGGCUUUUUCAAAGGGAGACUCCGAGAACAUCAUGGCUGCAAGACAGCCGAGUGCAUGGUGGUGUCUUCAUGUGUGUAUCUGUCUGUGUUGUACCAUUGUCGCCGUCUCUGAUGGCGGCGUUGGCCUCCAGCUCGGUGAGGAGCGCGGCCAUUUCGACCUGCAGCUCGAUGAUCUCCGUCUUGAGCUCAACAAAGCACCGCGGACGGGCCAGACCACGCAGCUCUCGCUGAGCAGUGACCGCCAUAAGACAUCCGGCAACACACACAUCACACGUCCUUGCCUCUGUCUGUCUUUUCAUCGUAUCACGUGGCCCACCUCGAGCAGACGAAUGAGCGUAUCGAGGGGCGUCAAGCCAUGCUGCACACCACAAACACACAUGACAUGCAGAUGAAUGACCUCGGGUUUCUGUCCAUCAUGUUUUUUCACCGAGUCGGGCUGAUAGAGCACCACCUCCCCCUUGACGCUCGUGAUGAAGCGGCCCAGCUGGACGGCCGUGAUCUGCGCCAAAGAAUGGACAAAGGGGACAGAAAGAACACAUCAACUCAGACAUGUGCAUGUGUGUGCGUGUGUGUGUGUGUUUGGUCACUCUGCAGCCGAGGGGAAUGAUAACGGGCUCUUCAACACUCGGCCGCCGUGCUGUCGGAGGCGGCAGCCCGUUGUCGCAAUGAAGCGGAUUGCGCAUCAGCUGCGAACAGCGAAGACAGGCCGGACAAAGAGAAACACAAGCGUGCGUGCGUGUGUGUGUGUGUGUGUGUGUGUGGCUCUAUCAUUGCGUGCAUGCCUUAUCUCUGGCCCCGAGUAUGUCAAUACCGCCCCCAAGUAUAAGAAUCUGUGCCAAGUCGAAGGCCCCAAGCGACACUGCCCAGUGCAAUGGCGUCUUGCCCGCCUGUAAUGACAAGAGACAAAAGAACCGACGGUGUCCAUCCAUCUGUCUAUGUGCAGAUGUAUGUGUGUGUGUGUGUGUGUGUGUGUAUGUGUACGGUGUCCUGCUCGUGGAUGGCUUGUCUGAGGAGGUCUGUGUCUCGGUAGGCGUCCACCACGCGCCGCCAGCAGGAAGGAUAGUAGGCGGCCACGUGCAGCGGCGUGGCGCCCGUCUGUGGUAUCAGAUCAAGGCAUGGAUACGUCUGGCCGCUCCUCAUAUUCAAUGCUUACCCAUCUUUGCGUCUUUGCACUUGAGGUGUUUGGCGUCGUGGACGAACUCGCGAGUACAUCCGCCGGGCAGCAAAUCGAGGAACAUACGAGAGCCUACAUACACACAGAGCCAAAAGGGCAGACACAGCAAUCCCUUUCUCCAGCCAUCGGGCCGCGUGAUGAUGCAAUGCGGCCUGUGCACACACAUGGAAUACUGCCGUCAUCGAUUUUCUCGAGGAUGGCCGGCUGCUCAGGUCCCUCCCCCUCGACGUAAUUUGCGAAUGUGAGCGCCCCGCUCAUGGCCCGCACUGCUGACGCCUGCCGCUGCGCCUCCGCCACGCGUGCAAGCAUCAUGGCGGCCGCCCGCUUCCUCAUGACGUACCGGGACAGUUUCUGCCUCUUGGCGAGACCCUGACGCCUCCCCUUUGCAACGAGAGAGAUGACGCCAUUCAGGUGCUCGCCGGGCUGGCGGAGGGAUAGAGUGCGGUUGGUGCCGUGGUGGUGACGCAUGGACACGCAGCAGCAAAGAGGGAUAAUGGCGAAGAGCAGAAGGUAAAGGGCAGGCCUCAGGAAGGGUCGCAUCGUCAUAGCCAUGCAAAAUGGAAGAUAGUUGCAAUGAAAGGGUCAGUGCACGACGUCUUCGUCGCCGAUCCGAGCAGUAGAGCUGCGGAGAAAUA